AUGGGCCGCCUAUCAGGAAGAGGAACAUGGCCGUGGCGCUCGUCAGAGGGGCUGGUGACCUUUGCGGUCGCAUUUGCAGUGUUUACAUGGCCGAUCAAAGUCGACUAUUGGGCUGCACUAUCUCUCGAGUCUUUCGGAAUGGCACUGCUUAUCACCAACUGGAUUGCUGGAUACCUCGCCGAUGGAAGCGUUUCAAAAAGUCGUCCGUUUCUUGUUGGCAUCGGUGUUAUGCUUAUCGCCACCCUGCUCUUCUUUCUGAGCACAGAUCCGUACCUCAUCAUCUUCGCCCGUGCUCUGCAAGGAGCCUCUGAGGCCCUCGUAUGGGUGUCAGGCAUCGCUUUUCUAGUCUCGCAGGUGGACGAAGCUAAUUUAGGAGUGUGUAUGGGUUACACAACGCUAGGUGCUACAGUCGGUGAGCUCAUCGGACCUCUACUCGGUGGCUACUUAUAUGAAAAGUUGGGACACUGGGCUGUGUUUGGUGUAGUAGAAGUGGUGAUUGCAGCAGACAUUGUUCUUCGGCUCCUAGUCAAAGAAAAAGAAACAGAAUCACCACAGCAAACCCUGGCGGAUGCAGUAAAGGGGGUUUCUGACACAGACGCUCUGUUGGGUAACUCAGUCGUGGUAUCUCAUGGAACGCUAGAUCACGCUGCGUCGACGGAUCUAGAACGUGGAGGGGAGGACGAUCGAUCGGCACUCUCUGGUACUACCGACUGUGGAGGUGAUGACGAGGAUGUAUCUGCAUUGAGGACGCUGGGCUGGAACUGGCUCUCCAGUGUCAUCGGCGCGGCGAUAGCAUGCGUCGUCCGGUCAGCCUUGGAAGCCACCAUCCCAAUCUACGUUCUUCGCCAUUUUGGCUGGACUUCAUCUGCCGGCGGCGGUGUCAUGUUCGCAUUACUUUUACCCAUGGUGGGCGGUCCAUGGGUUGGCAAGUAUACAACUUUGCACGGCCCUCGCUGGUUUAGCACCAUAGCAUCUCUCGCAUGCGGUGUCUUCAUAGUCACUCUGGGCUUUCUCACAGGGGAUGAUCCCACUACUCAAAUUCUCUUUGUUGUGAAUGUUGGGUUCAUUGGACUCUGCAUCUCGCUCGGUACAACGACUCAGACAACCGCCAUCUCCGCAGCCGCUCAGAGAGUCGAGGCUUUAAGGAGCCGGAUUCGAGCCAGCGGUAGGGAACUAAGUUGGGGGUUAAGAAUGCUGACUCCUGGUAUGAUGCUCAGCGGCCUGAGCUCGGCCUGGGCCUUGGGCCUUUUCCUUGGUCCUGCUUGUGGAAGUAUUUUCCACUUUAGCACAAACCAGGAGUGGCUGCAUUUGUGCUGUUUCUUGGGGGUCUUGUGCGUGGUUACAAGCAUCUAUUGUUCCUUUACAUGGAAAAAGUGGCGGUAA